CAGAACAUUUAUGUACUACUGUAAUACAACAAUAAUAAUAUAAUAUAUCAACCUACAUAACUAUCCUGCUUACCCAAAAUUAGUACGAAUUGUAGUAUAUGUGUUUGUGUCUCUGACGAUUACGGCAACGAGCCCGGCACAGCUCUGCUCGAACUCAUAAUUGCAACUUUUGCUUCUGCUUGCGAUUAAAAGUGGCUGUAUUUCGCACGGAUUCUGUAGCUGCAAGGAGUACAUAAUUUUUUAGUUCCUUUGCUAAUUAGGCUAAUUAAUUUGGGUGAGCUUCUUUUAUGGCCGACAUCGUCGAUUUCUGGGAUAGGAAACACGACUGUGCGUGCAGCCAACGAGCCGAGCUCACACUCUAUUACGGCAUCUACAUUAUUCCUGCUGCCGCUUUUUUAGCCAAUUUUAGUUUUUGUGCGUCGGUUUUAAGCGCCAAAAAAUUGCGGACCUUCCCGAAUUUACUGUUAAUCUCGGAUGCGGUGGCCGAUUUCGGACUAAGCACCAUCAUUAUUCCCGUACGAAUACGCUUUUGGUUCCAGGAUGACUGCUGGUCAGCCGGGCACACUUUCUGCCAGUUUUUCAUAGCCGCUUGUGAGUACUUUAACGCCACCAGUCUGGCCCAUGCCGCAACGAUUUCUGUGGAACGACACGUCCGGCUAUUUCAUCCCGGCUUCCAUCGGCGACGGGUUAGAUCAAUGCUCAUACCCGCCAUCUUUUUAUGCUGGGGAUUUCCCACCUUGUUCACAUACGCAAAAUUGUUCAUUCCCUCCACGUUCGGUUUGUAUCCGUACCAUUUUCAAACCAAUGAUACGUGCACGCGCUUGAUGCAAAAACCCUGCUCUUGUGUCGUCUGUUUGCAUCCCGUGGUCAACGCCAUUGACGUGAUCGGACAGAACAUUGUCCCAUUGUGUAUUACUUUUGCAAUGUAUGGGCACAUCAUUUUUGUGGCUUACCGGCGGAUACGGCUAGCGGACGUUCUACGGCGGCGGGUCAGCGAGGCGGGCUUAUUGCCUGAAAUCCAGUCGACCAAAAGCGUGGCCAGACGGGUGGUAGACAGCCCCGAAUUCCGCUCUAUUCGGGUGUUUGUCGUGAUCCUGCUGGUUUUGUUUGCCUGCGUGAUGCCGAAUAUUAUCAGCCACUUUUAUCAAAUGGGACAAGGGGAGGACGGUAUGGCGACGCUGAUGUUAAAGAAGUAUCUCCUGACAUCCAGCUGCAAUGGAACGUACGGUUACAGUGACUUUGCGAUACCGGCAAUAAUGUGGUCCAACUCGUUAAUCAAUCCGUUACUGCUUUUCAUUCUGAACCGAAACUACCGAAAGGGAUUUAGGAUAUUCCUGGGACGAAUCCGAUCGUGUUGUUCUACGGAGAAACCGACUGGACGCGCUGAAAUCCAAAUUCCGAGUUCUUGCCGAUGGAAUCGCAUUACUAUUUUAGGGGAACGCACCAAAGGGCAAAUCUAGUUUUUAACAUUAAUAACCAGAUAUAUCUUUGUAUAGAUUCUCUCAACUAUUAUUAAAAAGUAAUUUCCACCAUUACAUGUCAGUUUAAUUUUUCUCAUUCAAAACUGUCUGUAUCUACUCUGUACAUAUAAUAUGUGCGCACAGGAGAUCAUAAUUGGACCGGCCACGAGUUGUGGUUUCAGGAGAUUUUGAGCUUCUUAUUUGUGGCUGCAGCUACUAGAACAAUGUAGUAAGUAGUUUCAAUACUUUGACUUUCAGGUUUUUCACUGCAGAUUGCAAAAUAUUUCA